AUGAGCACCUUUGCAGGGGCACAGCCAGAUCUGGAAAGUUACGCCCGCCAGGGUGUGCAGCGGUUAUCAAGCUAUCUGCAGAUAGACACAGUUAACCCGCCCGGUAACGAAAGCCGUGGCGUUGAAUUUCUACAGAAUAUCUUCACCCAGGCCGGGGUGGCAUUUGAGAGUGUUGAAUCUGCCCCAGGCCGAGGCAACAUCUGGGCGAAACUGCCUGCGACAACUUCUCCAAAACAACCCGGUCUGAUUCUGCUGCAUCACAUAGAUGUGGUACCCGCGAACCGCGACUACUGGAGCUUUGACCCGCUAUCCGGCGAGGUGAGAGACGGUUUUGUCUACGGCCGCGGUGCGAUUGAUACCAAAGGCCUGGGUAUUGCUCAGUUGCAGGCUUUUCUGGCGCUGGCGGAAUCUGACUUACCGCGCAAUCGUGAUCUCUGGCUGAUGGCGACCGCUGAUGAAGAAGCGGGCGGUUUUUUUGGCGUGGGAUGGCUGGUAGAACAUCGGCCCGAGCUGUUUGCUGAUGUGGGUUACGUUUUGAAUGAAGGUGGCUCGGGACGGGUGUUUGGCAACGAAACAGCGGUUAUGGUCGAGGUCACGCAGAAGGUCCCGCUGUGGUUGAAGCUUACCUCCAGGGGCCGCCCCGGGCACGGUUCAGCACCGCUGGUUGAAACCUCUGUGACCCGCAUGGUGCGAGCGUUGAAGCGGAUCAGCGAAACAGAGUUCCCGGUUCGUGUGAUGCAGCCGGUUGCAGACAUGUUUGAAGGCAUUGCACCCUAUCAGAGUGACGUGGAUCGUCAGGCUUUUGCCACAAUUGGACAGGGCAACCUCAGCGAUGAGUAUUUGCUUGCCUUAAAAAUGCGCAGCCCUGGAUAUCACGCGCUGCUGCGCAAUACCUGCUCUAUUACGCGGUUAGAAGGCAGCGCAAAAAUUAAUGUUAUUCCUGCAGAAGUGCAUGCUGAACUCGAUUGCCGCCUGCUGCCGGAUCAGGACCCGCAAGCGUUUCUGCAGGAACUGAAUCUGAUUAUCAAUGACCCACAUGUAUCGAUAGAGAAAAUUAUGGGUUUCACCCCUGCGGUAAGUAAGACGCAAACGCCGCUGUUCAAAGCCAUUGCAGCGGUUUCUGCGGACGCGUUUGACGCCCAGGUAGUGCCAACGGUUGCGGGUGGGUUCACCGACAGCCACUUUUUCCGCGACCUGGGCAUCACCAGUUAUGGCUAUUCACCGUUUGCUUUCACCACUGCAGAGUUUUCCGGUGUACAUGGCAACGAUGAGCGUGUGUCUGUGAUUAAUAUCGAACGCGGAGAGAACAUCAUUAACACCUUAAAUACCGUUGACCACGAACUCGACUUUUCGCCGUUACAUGAGCGCAUGUCGAGUUAUGUCGAACAGGACAUUCUGUCCUGCUGCAGCACGAUCAUCAUGCGCGGCACCGAUAUCCUCGAUUAUAAGACUUUCGGGUAUAUGGACAAAGACAGUGGUGCGCCCCUGACCGAAGAUGCGAUCUAUCGGAUGUAUUCCAAUACCAAGAUUGUUACUUCGGUUGCUUUGAUGAUGCUGUUGGAAGAGGGCAAAUUUGCCCUGGACGACGAAUUGUCCCGUUACAUGCCGGAGUUUGCGGACCCUAAGGUGUUGCGCCCGGAUGCAAAAUCCGCCGAUGACGUAGAAGCGGCCAGCCAGCCGAUUUUAAUCAAACACAUCCUCAGCCAUAGCGCGGGAUUAAGCUACGGGUUUAUUGAACCGGAAUCCAUUGUUGAUCAGGCGUACGCCGGAAAGUUGAAUGUGCUGGGCGACUUCAGUGUCGACCUGGAAGAAUUCUGCAGCCGCGCAGCGUCAUUGCCGUUAGCUUAUCAACCCGGCACCAGCUGGCGUUAUUCAGUGGCAACGGACGUAUGUGCGCGUCUGAUUGAAGUGCUCAGUGGCCAGCGCUUUGAUGAGUUUCUCAAGAGCCGAAUAUUCAACCCGUUAGGUAUGAGUGAUACAGACUUCUGGGUGCCACCAGAAAAAGCAGAUCGCUUUAUUACCAUGUAUGCCCCAACAGAUCUGUUGGAUCCCAUGAAGCCCGGCAUGGUAAAGGUUGAUGACCCGGUUUCAGGUUCAUACAACAGUCCGCGUAAACUGCUCAGCGGUGGUGGCGGCCUGGUGUCUACCAUGGGCGAUUACAUGACGUUUAUUCGUGCCAUUGUGAACAAUGGCAGCUGGCAGGGUGUGCAACUGUUGCAGCCGCAGACGCUGAAACUGAUGCGCACCAAUCAGCUGGCUCCUGGUGUUGGUGUUUCGUUCCCGAUGUGGGAUAUGCCGGGUACCACAUUUGGUCUUGGUUUUGCGCUGCAUGAAACCCUGCAACCGGGUGAACCCGCAGGCGCAAAAAAUGAAUACCACUGGGGCGGUAUGGCAGGCACGCAUUCGUGGAUGGCGCCGGAGGCGGGCAUUACCGGUAUGUGCUCAACACAGCGAAUGCCUGGCUUCUGGCAUCCUUUCAGCCAUGAAUUCAAGAGCCUGGCCUACCAGAUCGCCGGCUGA